AUGUUCACUCGUCUCCUAUCGUCUAUCACCAAUUCCUAUAUUGUGUCCUUCCUUCGUGACCUAUUAAGUGGUUAUGUAGAGAAUGUCGAUAGUAAACAGUUGAAGGCAUCAUUGGCUAAGGGAGAGCCGCCACACCUGUUCGCUAAGUGUUUGAGGAUGUUCACUCGUCUCCUAUCGUCUAUCACCAAUUCCUAUAUUGUGUCCUUCCUUCGUGACCUAUUAAGUGGUUAUGUAGAGAAUGUCGAUAGUAAACAGUUGAAGGCAUCAUUGGCUAAGGGAGAGCCGCCACACCUGUUCGCUAAGUGUUUGAGGAUGUUCACUCGUCUCCUAUCGUCUAUCACCAAUUCCUAUAUUGUCUCCUUCCUUCGUGACCUAUUAAGUGGUUAUGUAGAGAAUGUCGAUAGUAAACAGUUGAAGGCAUCAUUGGCUAAGGGAGAGGUAUCGUUGUUCGACUUGAAAUUAAAAGAAGAUAUAUUCGACUUCCUUUCGUUGCCUAUUACUGUGGCUAUAGGUUAUGUUCGAGUACUGGGCAUCUCAAUACCGUGGAGGUCUCUAGCAAGCGAGCCUAUCGUAGUGGCUAUUGAGGACGUCAUCAUUGUGCUUAAAACAGAGUCGGCCGCUGAAUGGGAUGAACAGAGGGAGAUUCAAUUAAAGGAAGAGUGA